AUGAUCAUGGUGACCGCCAAAAAAUUGCCAGAUCUUGUGAAUGACUCAAAAUUGCUUGUCGAGCUGCAUGAGACCCAUGCUCACUACUUUAAUAUCUGCAACAACACCACUGGCCAGCUUCGCAGACGGGUAUGGGAAAAGGAGACAUGGACGAGGACGAAACGUCUCGGAGGAGGUGCAACUGGAGAGGUAUGGCUGGAGGAAUGCCAUACAGGAGAGAAGACGGGCCAAGUGCGGGCAGUAAAGAUCAUUUCAAAAGGCAGCCAUUUCGACGUUUACCAGGAGCUGGAAACCAUUGCCAAAUUUUCACAAAACACAAGCAAGUAUGAGGGCCUUUUUGUCAAGUCCCUGGGAUGGUAUGAGAACGACAUAUCAGUAUUCCUGGUCAUGGAGCAUAUCGAGCACGGCAACCUUGCAUCCCAUUUAACUCAUCCUUUGUCAGAAAAUGAAGCCAGGCAGAUCACUGUCCAAAUCCUGGAGGGCCUGGCAUGCUUCCACGAAAACGAGUUUGUCCACCGAGACGUCAAGCCUGAUAACAUCCUAGUUGCUUCGAAAGAUCCCGAAUGGUGGGUUAAAAUCGGCGAUUUUGGCUUCAGCAAACGGACGAGUGAGGAUAACAGUCUGUAUUCCUUUGUUGGGACCCAAAAAUACUUUGCACCGGAAGUGCUAGGGCUCCUUCCUCAUUGGGUUGAUCCAGAUACUGAAGCUGGCGGUAGAUACCGUUGCACUUACCCCAUGGACAUGUGGUCUUUGGGAGUGACGGUAUUUUACAUGCUCUGCCAUGACUACCCAUUCCAAGGUAACAAGCUAUUGGAUUAUCUCAGAGGCGCCCCCUUCCCCAUCACACGGCUAUCGCAACGGCGUAUCAGCCAGGAAGGAUGCGCGUUCAUAAAGGCCCUCCUGGCUGUUGACCCGGAAAAACGGUUAACUGCGGCUGUCGCUUUGGAGGAUACCUGGCUGAAGGGAUAUCGCAAUGAAGUACCCUCGGGCUUGUCAGAGAAGAUUCCUUCUGGGAUAUUGAAUCGGUCUGCAGCACUGCCUUCCACGACAGACGCUUCAGCAAGCUGGCCAAUGUCCAGCACAUGGAGCCCGAGCAAGGAACAGGCUGUAAACUCAGUGGGUGCUAUAUCAGAGCCAGAAAGGAUAGUGGGACCGCCAAUAGAGGAUUUGCAUAUUGGGAACCCUCAGCAAAAGGCUUUAGAGAAACUCGGGGCUCUUCAUAACAGCGGACUCCGAUUCAUCGCAGAUAAGAACUACUCCCAAGCCGAAGAUGUCUUCCAGCAAGCUGCUGAUGGACGCAAAACGAUUCUGGGCCCGCACCACAAAGACCGGGUGGAAUCAAUGCAGCAAUUAGGGGUGACAUAUUUCUUCCAGCGCAGGUACCAGGAUGCGCAAAAGAAACUGCAAUUUGCCGUGGAUGUACAGACCGACACUCUUGGAACGACUCAUCCAAGCACGUUGACUUCAAGUUAUUGGUUAAGUAGUUUGCAUUUGGCUCAAGGCAACCUUGACGCAUCGCAGGAGAUUAUCGAACGGACAAUGGAAAUACAAAAAGAAAUUCUUGGUGCCCAAAACAAAGAUACCAUCAAGUCUAUAUACCUUUGCGGUCAAAUAUACUGUCAGCAGGAGAGAUAUGAUGAUGCUCUUAAGCUCUUCGAACAAGCAGCCGAUUCUGUACCAGGAAAUGACCACAUAACCACAUUUGAAGUCCAUCAGUCACUUGCAUUCUGUCUGUAUAAGAUGGAGAGAUAUAAAGAGGCGCAGUCAGUUUUGGAGCAGAUAAUACAAGCCUCUCCGUUAGCACCAGAGCUUGCUCGAUCAGUGGAUCUUCUCUUCGACGUUGGGCAAUCACUUUACCAGGCGAAAAGAUAUACUGAUGCUCAGAGUGCUUUCGAGAAAGUAUCAGAGCAUCGAAAAGAAUUACUUGGGCCGUCCCACAAACAAACCGUCGAUUCUACUCUACUCCUUACGUCCUCACUUCGCAUGCAGCAGGGCAAGGUUACUCAAGCACAGGAUACUCUCAAUCAGCUUCUAAUGAUAGCUUCUACAACCACUAGAACAUCUGCACUCGAGCAACUGCAUGAGAUUGGUGAGACACUCUGGUAUACAGAGGCUUAUGAGGACGCGUACUUCACCUUCCAAGAGGUGCUAGAAAAGCGCAGAGUGCUCCUGGGAAAGAAACACCGAGACACGCUGCGUUCGGGUGCUUGGCUGGGCCGUUCACUCCUCCGCCAAGGGCGAUAUGAUGAUGCUGCAGAGCUUCUUAAAUCAAUAGAAAAUGACCAAGACGGCCUCAAUCCGUACGGGCACCUCGAGACGACAUAUACUAGGCUAUGGCUCAGCCUUGCGCUUCACUAUCAAGGCCAAAGCAAGCUCGGACAUACCUACAUACUUCCCAUUCAUCAGAUCUUUAAACGUAAACUAGGCGAGAGUCACAAAGAUACAGCUAUGUGUUUACGCUAUACUGGUUCUUCAUACGGCAAGGUAAAGGACUAUUCCACAGCGGAGCGCAUGUUCGACUCUGCCCUGUCCAUUGCAAAAACCGUGUUUGGUUCAAAACAUGAAGAAACCAUAAGGACUCAAAUCAACCUAGGGAUAACUCUCUACUGGAGAAAAUCCUAUACCCGCUCACUCGAGCAUUUCCACCCGGCUGCGGAUGCGCAGACUGCGGUCCUUGGGGAAUCGCAUGAGGAUACAUUGGAAACCCUGUGUUGCAUUGGCGCAACACUGGAUGCAUUGAAAAGAUACAAGGAGAGUGAGCGCUACUUGAGAUCGGUUGUAGACGGUAGAAAGAAGCUCCUUCGUGCCGAUCAUCCAGAGACGCAAACCGCUGAGAGGUUGCUGGGACUCUGUCUUGCGCACCAGGGUAGGUGGCGGCCAGCAGCAGACAUACAGGAACAAAUCCUCAAAACCAGGCAGGAGACCCUUGGGCAUUUUAACGCAGCGACAAUUCAAAGCAAACACGACGUGAAAAAAUGCAGGAAGGCAUUAGCAGGUCAAUGGUUCAUACCCCGGCCCGAACGCAUGCAGUUGGAUUACCGCCAUUUGUAG